GGGACGAGGCUCCGCCCCCCGCCUGCGAAGAGCUGCAGCCUGCUGAGAACGGUCAGGUACAUCCACGGAUACCUCAGCUCGGCCGUCUCAGCACCGCUCCUCAGGAGUCUACGGCUACGUCAGAGCCAAGAUGGGGCGGAAGGAGAUCAUCUGCAGCUGGAAGAAGAACACCAGUAACAUCAAGGAUGUCUUUGACUUCAAGGGGAAAAUGGGAUCGGGGUCUUUUUCAGAGGUUUUUAUGGUGAGAGAAAAGAAAACGGGGAAACUAUAUGCCCUGAAAUGUCUGAAGAAAAAACACCUUGCUCGUAGCAACCUGGAAAAUGAGGUCAACGUACUAAGAAGGAUAAAACAUGAAAAUGUGGUGGGACUGGAGGAUUUCUAUGAGAGUCGAACACACUAUUACCUGGUCAUGCAACUUGUGUCAGGCGGGGAGCUAUUUGAUCGCAUUUUAGACAAGGGAGUUUACACCGAGAAGGAUGCUAGCACAGUGAUCAAACAGGUGUUGCAGGCCGUCAGCUACCUGCACGAAAACAGCAUUGUACACAGGGACCUUAAGCCUGAGAACCUGCUGUACUAUAACACAGAUGAGAAUGCUAAGAUCAUGGUCAGUGACUUCGGUCUGUCUAAGACAUUGGAGCAUGGUGUGAUGUCCACAGCUUGUGGUACACCUGGAUAUGUUGCCCCUGAGGUUUUGGCCCAGAAACCCUACAGCAAAGCAGUUGACUGCUGGUCCAUUGGAGUUAUUACUUACAUCCUGCUCUGCGGCUACCCUCCAUUCUUUGAAGAGAACGAAACUCGUCUGUUUUCAAAGAUCAUGAGAGCUGAGUAUGCCUUUCAUUCACCAUUCUGGGACAACAUUUCUGAGUCAGCAAAAGACUUUAUCAGGAAUAUGAUGGAGAAAAACCCUAUGAAACGCUUCACCACCGAACAGGCACUCAGACACCCCUGGAUUGCUGGAGACACAGCUAAAGACUUGGACAUUUAUCAGUCUGUCUGUGAACAGAUGGAGAGAAAUUUUGCCAAAUCCAAAUGGAAGCAAGCCUUCAAUGCAGCCUCAGUAAUCCAUCACAUGAAGAAACUGCAGCUGUCCAACAGUGAGCCCUCCCCUUCACCCCUUUCCCUGCCCAAUAUCACAGUCCAGUCCUCCUCCCAGAAUGAACUAGAGGUGCUGGGACCCUGCUACGAUCAGGCUGCUGCCCUCGACCCCAACGGGAAUCCUCUUCAUGCUGCCAAUCAUCUAUCCUGCACUAAUCCUGAGUCGGGCAGAGGUCUCUGUCCAGUAUUGAGAGCCAGUCACAGUGAGCCCGGUCACGCCCUCACUGCUGAUGAGUCAAGAGAAGUCCAUGCAUUUCAUUCAGAGAGCGACGCUCCUUUCAGGGCAUCCAAGAGCAUGGAUGCUGUGGCUCAGAGGAAGGCCCAGACGCUCCAGUCCGGAGUUUGUUCUGUCAUGUGAUUGGCUGGUG